UAUCCUGAACAGAAGAGAGCAGCGGAGAGAGAGAGAAUGUUACACCUCAGCGCGGAUGCGAGUGAGAUAUUUAUCAACACUCAUUUUAUACUCUCAUAACUUUAGCUGCACUGCUCGUAUUUUUUUUCUGGAUUUUAUGUGCCAAAUUUUACGCGUCUUUGCAUUGGCUUCUCUCUCCAAAUGGCUUGGAUUAUUUCUCCGCUGUUGCAACGCCAAGGGACUGGUACUGGCGCUGUUUUUGUGCUCUCUGCUUUGAUCGCGGUGAUUGUGACAGGGGACUCCGCUGCGCAGGUUUUCGACAGUUAUGGAUUGUCAUACGCAUUGAGAUCGGAACUGUCAGAGGAUGCUAUAUUGGUGGCCAACAAUGGAAUACGCGUGCCUUUCGGGAGAGCAGUGUUCAUUGAUCCUAUCAAUGAUCUGGUAAUCCAAGUACAACCGGGAGACAGAUGUAGUAUAACGGUUCUGGAUAACGACCCGCUCUCCCAGAGGCCCGGGCAGCUCUCUCCCAAAAAGUUUCCCUGUGAAUUUGGUCCCAAUGACGUAAAGUAUUCUCACUUCGGGUCCAGAAGCCCCCCGCGGGAUAGGGUGAGGUUACAGCUCAGAUAUGACACUCAUACCGACACCAUAAUCAUCCCGUUUAUGAUGGAAGUGGAGGUGAUUUUCACACAGUUGGAAGUGUUAACAAGAAACAUGCCUCUGACUGUUGACAAAUUGCUUGGCACUAGUAACCCCAUUGACAGUAAGAUUCUGGAGUUCACCUAUGAUAGAAGUGAACUUCAGUGUAAAAUAACGUCUCUCUCCAGUGGCAGUGCAUUACCCAGGUAUGGGAAACUUGUGGAUGAGGGAAAACUUGGAAAAAUGGUGGGCUGUGAUGAAUUUAUUAAAAUGAAUAUCCGCUAUCAGCACACUUCUGCACACAAAUCACCCAAUAGAGAUUAUUUCCCAAUGAUUGUGGAAUUACAAGAUAAAGAGGGUAAUCUGCUGAAGCAGGAGUUUUUCCAGAUGAUGGUGCGUAUAAAGGAUGGAGAGGAGAACACGGAUCCUAAACCCAGCUUCGUGGCCAUGAUGAUGAUGGAGGUGGAUCAGUUUGUCAUGACAGCCAUCACUCCCGACAUGCUGGCUGCUGAGGACAUUGAGUCUAACCCUGACAACCUUAUCUUCAACAUCACCUCCCCCCUCUCCUUCGAGGAGGGGUACAUAGUCAGUACAGAUGACCGGAACCUGCCCAUCACCUCUUUCUACCAGGGAGACCUCAAAGAACUAAAGAUAGCCUACAAUCCUCCGUCUGUGGACGCUGAGACAGAACGUAUCUUCCAGAUAGAGUUUGAGGUGGUGGACACUGAGGGGGCUGUGUCUGACCCGUUCGCCUUCAUGAUUGUAGUGAAGCCUAUGAACACGCUUGCUCCAGUAGUCACCAGGAAUACGGGUCAGCUUCUCUACGAGGGUCAGUCCAGACCACUGUCCAGCUCUCACAACCUAGAGGUCAGUGACGAGGACAACCUGGAUGAUGUCAAGAUCACGGUGGUCGACGGGCUGCGGCAUGGCCAGCUGACAGUGCUCGGGUCACGCAGGAAGUUCUUCACCCCGGCUGAUCUGGACGGGGGCGUGGUCAUCUACCAGCACGACGGCAGCGACACGUACAGCGACAACAUUAUCUUCCGGAUGACGGAUGGGAAGCACGAGGUGGAGUUCCUGUUUCCCCUGACAAUCGUUCCCACGGAUGAUGAGCCGCCCAUUAUCAAUGCCAACACGGGGUUAAUCCUCUUCAAGAACCAGAUGAUGCUCAUUUCGCCACUCACACUCAGUGCUGCAGACAUCGACUCUGAGGACUCCACUAUCAGGUUCACCAUAGAGGCACCGUUCUCGCCUAUAGGGGAGGUGCUGCUGAGGCAGUCAGAGGCCCCAGAGGACCCCUCUACCUGGAAAUUCAAUGCUGAGGAUGAGCUGUAUGAGAAAGAGGUUACAGAGUGGCUGCAGCAGGAUAUCACAGAUGGGAAGUUGUUUUACAGACACACAGGACCUCACAGCGCUGACACAGUCAUGGACCAGUUUGUAUUCCGGGUCCAGGAUGAUAAUGUCCCCCCUAACCAAUCAGAACAGAGCUCGUUCAUCAUCAAGGUUCUGCCUGUGGAUGACAUCCCCCCUGAGCUGUAUCCUGGUACCACCCUCCAGAUGACCGUACACGAGUACCAGCUCACCUACUUCCGUAAGAAGUUUCUCCGCUACACUGACCUGGACUCAGAGGACAGAGAUCUGAAGUACACCGUCUCCCAGCCCCCGACAGACACAGACGAGAACAGCCCUGUGGUACUGGGGUCUAUUGUGUUAACAGAGAGUCCAGACACUGUAGUGACUGAGUUUACUCAGGCUCAGGUCAAUCACCAUAAGAUAUCAUACAAACCACCUGACCUGGAACUGGGGAUCACAGCCCAUGUUCUGCAGUUCCAGUACACGGUGGAGGAUACGUCAGGGAAUACUGUCACCGGAACGUUCUCUAUAUUCCUGCAGCCUGUCGACAACAAGCCGCCUCAGAUAACCAACACUGGCUUCACUAUAUUAGAGCGGGGAACGCACAAAAUCACCAGAGCUGAGCUGGAUACUGUGGACUUAGACACGGACAGUAGCCAGAUCUCCUUCACUCUAACUCAGCCCCCUCAGCACGGCACGGUCCAGUACACCUUCACCGACCUGACCAAAGGAGACGCGUUCAACCUGUUGGACAUCGCUAAUGACAGGAUCUCUUACAUCCACAACGGAGACGAGUCCACCAGCGAUUUCUUCCAGCUGGAUGUCAGUGACGGCGUCCAUGUUGUGACCAUCACCAUCAGGGUUACCGUGAAGCCCAUUGAUGACGAGACCCCGACCAUCAGCCUGCCGGCCGGAACCAUCGGAUCCUACAUUGAUGUCCUGGAGAAUGGAGCCACUGAGAUCACGACUAAAGUCAUCCAGGGGCGGGACGAGGACACAGACGACCUACGUUUGACCUUCAUCCUGGAGGACUCACCAGUUUUCGGGGAGAUCCUGGUGAACGGGGUCGAAUCAGGAAGCUUCACCCAGGCUGACAUCAUCAACGGACUGGUGGUGUAUGCCCACACAAGCGGAGAGAUCGGCCUCACCACUAAAUACGACUACUUUAAUCUGAUGCUGACAGACAUGUCUGAUGAGUGGACGAUAGGGGGCAACAGGGUCACGGGGGUCAGGGUUCAGAUCACCAUCCUCCCCAUGGACAGCCAGGCUCCAGAGGUGUUCGUAGGCCCACAGUUCACUGUCGUAGAGGGAGAGAAGAAUGUGAUUGAGAUUUUUCACAUUAGCGCUGAUGAUAUUGACACUCCUAAUGACGACCUGCUUUGUACCAUCAUCGUCCAGCCCACGUCAGGCUACGUGGAGAACAUCUCCCCGGCCCCAGGCUCAGAGAAGUCCAGGUCUGGGACAGCGAUCAGUGCAUUCACCAUCAAGGACAUCAGACAAAACCACAUCUACUACGUCCAAAGCAUCCAUAAAAGAGUGGAGCCGGUAGAGGACAGGUUCACGUUCAGAUGCUCCGACGGCAUCAACUUCUCCGAGAGACAUUUCUUCCCCAUCGCUAUCAUCCCGUCCAAUGAUGAGAAGCCAGAGAUCUAUAUGAGGGAGUUUGUCGUCAUGGAAGGGAUGAAUAUCGUCAUCGACACACCCAUCCUGAACGGAGCCGACGCGGACAUCCCCUCGGACGAACUCACUUUCAUCAUCACCAAACCACCAAAGCACGGCUUCAUCCUCAACCAGCUGACAACCGGCACUGUCACAGUUACCAACUUCACCCUGGACCAGAUCAGGGAAGCCUCCAGUAUAGUGUAUGAACACGAUGACUCGGAGACCAAGGAGGACAGCUUUGACUUAAUCCUGACGGAAGGUAAAUAUACCGUGGAGAAGACCAUCAUUGUUAUGAUCAUCCCUGUAGAUGACGAGACACCCAGGAUGGCCAUCAACGACGGUCUGGAGAUAGAGAUAGGAGACGUUAAAGUGAUCGAUAACAACGUUUUAAAAGCCACCGACCUGGACUCUGAGGAUAGUACUCUGACGUACGUUGUUCGCUACGGGCCGGGCCAGGGGUUGUUACAGAGGAGAACCCCUUAUGGGACGUUAGAGAACAUCACAGUGGGGAUGAACUUCACCCAGUACCAGGUGGACCAGGCUCUCAUCGUCUAUAUCCACAACGGGCAGGAAGGAAUCCGGGACCUUAUCAAGUUUGACGUGACAGACGGGAUCAACCCUCUGAUCGACAGGUACUUCUACGUGACGGUGGGCGGCAUCGACAUGGUGUUCCCUGACGUGGUCAGUAAGGGGGUCUCUCUGAAAGAAGGCGGUAGAGUAACAUUGACCACAGACCUGCUCAGCACCAGCGACCUCAACAGUCCCGACGAACACCUGGUUUUCACCAUCACCAGAGCCCCACAGAGAGGCCAUCUGGAGUGUACCGAUGGCCCUGGAAUGCCCAUCUCCUCCUUUACCCAGCUCCAGCUAGCUGGGAGCAAGGUGUACUACAUACACACGGCCGAUGAUGAGGUGAAGAUGGACAGCUUUGAGUUCGAAGUCACCGACGGUUACAACCCUGUGUUCCGCACGUUCCGUGUCUCCAUCACCGACGUGGACAACAAGAAACCGGUUCUAACGGUUCACAGCCUGGUGGUUAACGAGGGAGAGAACAAACUCAUCACGCCCUUCGAGCUGACCGCAGAGGACCGCGACACGGCUGACCCCCUCCUGAAGUUCACGGUCACGCAGGUCCCUGUCCACGGUCGCCUCCUCUUCAACAACACCCAUCCCGUCACCUCCUUCACCAAACAGGACCUGAACGAGAACCUCAUCAGCUACAAACAUGACGGUACUGAGUCCUCCAAGGAUUCCUUCUCCUUUACCGUGAGUGACGGGACGCACACCGACUUCUACGUGUUCCCAGACACCGUGUUCGAGACGCGGCGCCCCCAGAUGAUGAAGAUCACGGUCCUGUCAGUGGAUGACGGCGUGCCCCAGAUCGUGGUGAAUAAAGGGGGGCCCACCCUGAGGGUGUUAGAGACGGGUCACCUGGGGUUCCUCAUCACCUCUAAGACUCUUAAGGCAGAGGACAGGGAUAGUCUUCAGCUGUCUGUUACCUUUAAGAUCACCGUGGGACCAGAGCAUGGAUACCUCAUCAACCUGGGUACAGGCAACGCUACCGUCACCACAUUCACUCAAGCUGAAAUUGAUGACAUGAAGAUUUGCUACGUGCUAAGAGAUGGUCGCAAUGCUACGAGCGACAUCUUCUUUUUCUCCAUUGAGGACAAUGGAGGCAACAGGCUGAAGAACCAGGUGUUCAGGCUGAACUGGGCCUGGGUCUCCCUGGAGAAGGAGUACUAUGUGGUGGACGAGGAGGCCAAGUACCUGGAGGUGGUCCUCAAACGACGAGGAUACCUGGGAGAGACGUCCUUCGUCAGCAUCAGUACCAGAGAUGGUACGGCGGAGAAGGAUAAGGACUUCCGUGGUAAAGCCCAGAAGCAGGUCCAGUUUAACCCAGGUCAGACCAUGGCCACAUGGAGGGUGAGGAUCCUGCAGGAUGGAGUGUACGAGCAGUCUGAGACCUUCCAGAUUGUUCUGUCAGAACCUGUCAUGGCUGCCCUGGAGUUCCCUGACACAGCUACUGUGGAGAUCCUCGACCCAGCUGAUGAGUCGACAGUGUUUAUCCCGUCUAAAGUCUACUCUAUAGAGGAGGACAUCGGGGAGCUGCUGAUCCCAGUGCACAGGAGUGGUGAUGUCACACAGGAACUCAUGGUCAUCUGCUACACACAGCAAGCCACAGCUACAGGGACCAUCCCCUCUACAGUCCUGUCCUACUCUGACUACAUAUCCAGACCUGAGGAACACAACAGUGUCCUGCGCUUCGAUAAGGGCGAGACGGAGAAUUCCUGUCGUGUGGUGAUCAUAGAUGACUCUCUGUAUGAAGAGGAGGAGAGCUUCAACGUUACCCUCAGUAUGCCCAUGGGAGGCCGUCUGAGACAGGAGUACCACACUGCCAGGGUCACCAUCAUACCUGACCUGGAUGAUGCUCCAGUAUUCUACUUCGGAGGCACAGACUACCGUGUGGAUGAGAGUGAUGGUUAUGUGGAGGUCAAGGUGUAUAGGACAGGCACUGACCUCUCUAAAACAGCCACGGUCACUGUACGCUCCAGGAAAACAGACCCUGUCUCUGCUGAAGCUGGUGUGGACUACGUCGGUAUCAGCAGGAACCUGGACUUUGCCCCGGGGGUCAGCCAGCAGACGUUCAGGGUUACCAUCCUGGAUGACCUGGGUCAGCCGGUGCUGGAGGGGACCGAGACAUUCGAGCUGGUCCUCCGCAUGCCCAUGAACGGCAUCCUGGGAGAACCGGGGAAGGCCACCAUCCUCAUCAACGACUCCGUCUCUGACCUGCCCAAGGUGCAGUUCCGUGAUGCCAUGUACAUGGGGCAUGAGAACUCAGGUCAGAUCUCAGUCGUGGUGUAUCGUAGUGGAGACAUCAGUUACAGGUCAACGGUCCGCUGUUACACCAGACAGGGUACCGCUCAGGUCAUGAUGGACUUCAACGAACGACCCAACACAGACGCUUCCAUCAUCACCUUCCUACCAGGGGAGGUGGAGAAGCCGUGUGUUCUGUCCCUGGUUGAUGACACGGAGCAUGAGGAGGAGGAGGAGCUGAGGCUGGUGUUGGGGUCGCCCCGCAGUGAGUCUCCGUUCGGAGCGUCCAUCGGGAAACAGAACGAGACUCUGGUCAAGAUCAAGGACGAAGCAGACAAGGCCAUCAUCAAGUUUGGGGAGACUAAGUUCAGUGUGAGUGAGCCUAGCGGGUCAGGCCAGGUGUCCAUGGUGAAGAUCCCAGUGCUGAGGGUAGGAGACACCUCCAAGGUCUCUGUGGUCCGCGUCCACACCAAGGACGGAUCAGCCACCUCCGGAGAGGACUACCAUCCUGUAUCUGAAGACAUUGAGUUCAAGGAGGGUGACACAGAGCACUACAUCGAGGUAGAGAUCUUGUAUGAUGGAGUCAGAGAGAUGAGAGAAGCCUUCACUGUCCACCUGAAACCUGAUGAGAACAUGGUGGCUGAGACGCAGAUGAGUAAGGCCAUUAUCUACAUAGAGGAGACCAACAGCAUGGCGGACGUCACCUUCCCCUCCGUCCCCCAGGUGUUCUCCCUACUGCAGUAUGACGACACCUCCAGGGCCAGACACACCCCCCCAGUGGCAGGCUACCCCGUUGUCUGUGUCACGGCUUGUAACCCUAAGUACCCUGACUACGACAAGACUGGCUCCAUCUGUAUCAGCGAGCACAUCAAUGACACACUGACACACUACCGAUGGUUGGUCAGCGCUCCCACCAGCCUGGACGGGGUCACCAGCUCCAUGAGAGAGGUGGACUUUAAUACCUUCUUCUCCUCCUCCAAGAUCAUCACCUUGGACUCUGUCUAUUUCCAGGCUGGCUCUAGGGUGCAGUGUGCAGCCCGGGCUGUGAACUCUAAUGGAGAUGAGGGCCUGGAACUCAGCAGCUCCAUAGUCUCCAUCAGUAUAGAGAAUGGUAUGUGCCAGCCUCGUGUGGUGGGUACAGUGGGCGCUGAGCCCUUCUCUGCCAAGCUACGCUACACCGGAGCAGAGGACCCAGACCACCCCAACCUCAUCAAGAUCACUGUCACCAUGCCACACAUAGACGGCAUGCUCCCCGUGGUCUCCACCCGUCCUCUGUCUAACUUUGAGCUGACGUUGAGUCCUGAUGGUACUCGUGUGGGGAACCACCGCUGUUCUAACCUGCUGGACUACACCGAGGUCAAGACCCGCCACGGCUUCAUAACCAACGCCACCAAGAACCCUGAGGUGAUAGGGGAGACCUCUCCCUACCAGUACAGCGCCCCCCUGAGGGGAUCCAGCAUACUGCGCUUCUACAGGAACCUCAACCUAGAGGCCUGUCUAUGGGAGUUCACUAGUUACUAUGACAUGUCUGAGCUACUGUCAGACUGUGGAGGGACCAUCGGUACAGACGGACAGGUGUUGAACCUGGUCCAGUCCUAUGUGACCCUCCGGGUGCCCCUCCAUGUCUCCUAUGUGUUCCACUCCCCGGUGGGGGCAGGGGGCUGGCAGCAUUUUGACCUGCAGUCUGAGCUACGACUCACCUUCGUAUACGACACUGCCAUCUUGUGGCGGGAUGGCAUCGGUAGCCCUCCUGAGGCUGAGCUACAAGGAGCCCUGUACCCCACCAGUAUGCGUAUCAACGAACAGGGUCGUCUGGUGGUCAACUUCAGAACUGAGGCUCGGUUCAGAGGACUGUUUGUCAUAUCACACUCUGCGUCCUCUCUGUCGUCCAUGGUGAUGUGUGCGGACCACCCUGGGGUGACCUUUAACCUCAGCCUGGUGAGGAGCGAGCCCACCUACAACCAGCCCAUGCAGCAGUGGACCUUCACAUCAGACUUCGCUGUGCGUGACUACUCAGGUACCUACACAGUGAAGCUGCUGCCCUGUACCUCUCCCCCCAGUCUGGAGUACUCCCUGCCUCCUGUCUGUAACCCCAGAGAACCUGUCACCUUCGACCUGGACAUACGCUUCCAGCAGGUUAGUGACCCGGUUGCGGCUGAGUUCAGUCUGAACACUCAGAUGUUGCUGCUGUCUAAAAGAACUCUGUGGCUGUCUGACGGAUCCAUGGGCUUCGGACAGGAGAGCGACACCGCCUUCUCACAAGGGGAUAUGAUCUAUGGCAGAGUGAUGGUGGAUCCAGUCCAGAACCUGGGAGAUUCCUUUAUCUGUAACAUAGAGAAGGUGUUCCUGUGCACCGGCGCAGAUGGAUACGUGCCCAAGUACAACCCCAACAACAAUGAGUAUGGCUGUCUGGCUGAUGCUCCCUCGCUGCUCUACAGAUUCAAGAUCAUCGAUAAGGCCCAGCCAGAGACCCAGGCCAGGUCGUUUGGUAACGUAGGGUUCAGGGCUCUGCUGGCUGUAGACGACCCUCAGGCCCUGGCCCUGGUCAGACAGCCUGGAUCUGACGGCUUCAGCAUGGACUCUACAGCACUGUUCCAGGUGUCAGCAGGGAGAGAGUGGUUCAUCCACACCAUCUACACUGUCCGCUCCAGAGAGAACGCCAACAGGGGCAUCGGGAAGAGAAGUCUGGAGUACCACACACUCAUCCAGCACAGCAGUAUGGCUUCAGGAGGCCACUCCCUGACCCAACACAGCAGCAUGGACAGAGAAACCCAGCGUCAAACUAUGGCUGCAGGAGGACCGUCACUGUCCCAGUCCCAGUCUCGCUCCAGGCGGUCAGCAAACGGGGUGCCAGACCUAACAGAGGACAUCGGCCUGGACAACAACCGUGGCACCAACAUUCUCCAUAUCUCCCUGGACCUCAGCCGCCAGCGCCGCACCAGCCCUGACCGGGAGGUCCUCACUCGGGGUGUGGUGCCCAGGGAGCUGAACCAUCCUGCUGAGAGCGAGGACGGCCUGGUCUUGAUCAUAGGGAUCCUGGUGGGCCUCCUCCUCACCAUCCUCAUCAUCAUCGUCAUAGUGCUAACCGUACGGUCCAGACAGGAAAAGAAGAAGAUGGAGGUUCCCACGGCAACGUCAUGCUCCACUGAGCCCAUGAUGACAUCAGGGUUCACUAGCAGUGGCUUGGACAGCUCAGAGGUCUGACAGACAGACAGACUUCCUUCGACAGGACCACUGAGACAGACAGACUGACUGACAGACAGACAUUCACCACAGAAAAAUAAACGCUGACAGAUAUAUUUUUUAUUUUUUGUGCCUUUUUUUAAUUUUUUUUUUUUUACAUUGGGACAUAAAGAGAGGGAGGGGACAACUGAAACAACACAAUCAACAAUGAGAGUUUAUUUCCGUACAAAAACCUACUUGAAAUCUUGCACCUCUUCUGCUCUGCUGUAGGGGAGACCAUAGAGGUAAAACAAUCUAUCUAUAUGGGGAGACAGCCCCAACUAGGGAAGUACCUGUAACCUGUUCUGUUUAAGGCACUUGCCCGCGUUUAUUAUUGCUUUGUUUUAUGAUGUCAUAUUUGAUCCCAAAAAUGUUUAUGAUUUGUCCAAAGGUGCUAAAGCAGCAGAUGCCUCUGUAAUGUAAGAUGGAUGGUGGUCCAGUGAGUUGGUAAAAGACCAUGUAGCAGGGCUAUUCAGCUCCAGGCCUGUAGGAUGGAUAGUGGUCCAGUGAGUUGGUAGAAGACCAUGUAGCAGGGCUAUUCAGCUCCAGGCCUGUAGGAUGGAUAGUGGUCCAGUGAGUUGGUAAAAGACCAUGUAGCAGGGCUAUUCAGCUCCAGGCCUGUAGGAUGGAUGGUGGUCCAGUGAGUUGGUAGAAGACCAUGUAGCAGGGCUAUUCAGCUCCAGGCCUGUAGGAUGGAUGGUGGUCCAGUGAGUUGGUAGAAGACCAUGUAGCAGGGCUAUUCAGCUCCAGGCCUGUAGGAUGGAUGGUGGUCCAGUGAGUUGGUAGAAGACCAUGUAGCAGGGCUAUUCAGCUCCAGGCCUGUAGGAUGGAUAGUGGUCCAGUGAGUUGGUAGAAGACCAUGUAGCAGGGCUAUUCAGCUCCAGGCCUGUAGGAUGGAUGGUGGUCCAGUGAGUUGGUAGAAGACCAUGUAGCAGGGCUAUUCAGCUCCAGGCCUGUAGGAUGGAUAGUGGUCCAGUGAGUUGGUAGAAGACCAUGUAGCAGGGCUAUUCAGCUCCAGGCCUGUAGGAUGGAUGGUGGUCCAGUGAGUUGGUAGAAGACCAUGUAGCAGGGCUAUUCAGCUCCAGGCCUGUAGGAUGGAUAGUGGUCCAGUGAGUUGGUAGAAGACCAUGUAGCAGGGCUAUUCAGCUCCAGGCCUGUAGGAUGGAUAGUGGUCCAGUGAGUUGGUAGAAGACCAUGUAGCAGGGCUAUUCAGCUCCAGGCCUGUAGGAUGGAUGGUGGUCCAGUGAGUUGGUAGAAGACCAUGUAGCAGGGCUAUUCAGUUCCAGGCCUGUAGGAUGGAUAGUGGUCCAGUGAGUUGGUAAAAGACAAUGCAGCAGGGCUAUUCAGCUCCAGGCCUGUAGGGCAGCAACACUGCUGGUUGUCUUUUCUACCUUGUAGUUAAUUGAUUGACUGAUUGAUUGAUUGAUUGAUUGAUGUUACUGAUUGGCUAGAGAGUCCCACAAUGUAAUCAGUUCCUGAUUAGAAGGAAAGAAUGAAAGCCAGAAGUGUUUCUACCUUCCAGGCCCAGAGUCGAAUACCGGUAUUCCUGGUAUUCAGUUUUCAGUAUGAACGCAAAAUUGUCAUAGAACUGUCAUAGUUGUUAACGUGUAUGUUUGUUAUCCCGUGUCAAGCCACUGUCAAUAGUCUGCUAACACUGGGAAUAUGUCCUACUAUAAUGUCCUACUAUAAUGUCCUACUGUAAUGUCCUAUUGUAGCUCUCUGUCAGACCUGGGUUCAAACACUAUUUGAAAUCUUUCAAAUAUAUUUGCUUUAGCCUGCCUGGAGUGCCCAUUGGGACUUUUAUAUUGGUUCCAUUACAACAGGCACGCUCAAUUGAUCACAGCUGAAGUAUUUUACAUGAUUCAAAAUAGUAUUUAAACCCAGGUCUGCUCUCUGUACUGAAGUAUGGAGACUGAUUCAUGUUGAAGUUCAACAGGUGCCUAAGAAUCCACUGGAUGUUAUACUGUAAUAUGCAUCCCAAAUGGUACCCUAUUCCCUACUUUGCACUGUAAGUAGUGCACUAUUUAGGGAAUAGGGUGUAAUUUGGGACACGUACUUAGAUUGUCUCUAUCACAUGGCCCUUCUAUGUGAUGUAUACGACCCCUACAGUAGGUGCUAAAGAAACACUUUCUAUUUGUUUUGUUUUGUAUGUAUUAAUGGUUAUCUAUCAUUUGUGCCUGCCUUUGAUUUUAUAAUUGUUUAAACUUAAAAAAAUUGUGGGGGAAAAUGUGUCACAUCUACUGUAGGUAAUUCAGGCUUUUUCUAUCCAGAGUUCUAAGUUUAUCACAUUGUUUUUCGGAUAAUUGUUCUCUCAAUAGUCCCAAAAUCAUGGUUGUAGUGACUUUCUAUGGCUCCGUCCCAAAUGGCACCCUAUUCCCUAUUUAGUGCACUACUUUUGUUCAGCGUCCAUAAGGAAUUAGGUUGCCAUAUAGGGAAUAGGGUGCCAUUUUGGACACAUUACUAUAUCAGUGUGGUCCUGUAUUUGAAUACAUACAGUACAGCACUGAAUCUAAUGAUCUAAUGAGAAAAGGUACUGUAUAUCCUGUAGGGAAGAGUGGGGUAAGUUGACCCAUUUUUUUACGUUCAGCAUCACUCCAUCAAGGGAAAUAUAGUAUUCUUUCUAACAAAGAUAUCUAUACUGAACAAAAAUAUAAACACAACAUGCAACAAUUUCAACGAUUUUAACGAGUUACAGUUCAUAUAAGGAAAUCAAUCAAUUGAAAUGAAUUCAUUAGGCCCUAAUCUAUGGAUUUCACAUGACUGGGCAGGGGCGCAGCCAUGGGUGGGCCUGGGAGGGCAUAAGUCCACCAACUUGGGAGCCAGGCCCACCCACUGGGGAGCCAGGCCCAGCCAAUCAGAAUGAGUUGUUUCCCACAAAAGGGCUUUAUUACAGACAAAAAUACUCCUCAGUUUCAUUACCUGUCCAGGUGGCUGGUCUCAGACAAUCCCACAGGUGAAGAAGCCAGAUGUGGUGGUCCUAGGCUGGCGUGGUAACACAUGGUCUGCUGUUGUGAGGUUGGUUGGACAUCCUGCCAAAUUCUCUAAAACAACAUGGGAGGCAGCUUAUGGUAGAGAAAUUAACAUUACAUUCUCUGGCAACAGCUCUGGUGGACAUUCCUGCAGUCAGCAUGCCAAUUGCACGCUCCAUCAAAACUUGAGACAUCUGUGGCAUUGUGCUGUGUGACAAAACUGCAGAUUUUAGAGUGGCCUUUUA